AGCGCUCGCCAUGGGCCCCGGGCCCCGUCUGCUGCUGUCGCUCGCGCUCGGCCUGGGGCUCGCGGCGCUCGCGUCGUCUUCCGGGGCUCCGGGCGCGCGCAGGCGAGGCCCCACGGUGACGGCCAAGGUCUUCUUUGAUGUGAGGAUUGGAGACAAAGAUGUGGGCAGAAUUGUGAUUGGCCUCUUUGGAAAAGUUGUGCCCAAGACAGUGGAAAAUUUUGUCGCUUUGGCAACAGGAGAGAAAGGGUACGGAUACAAAGGAAGUACCUUCCAUCGCGUCAUCAAAGACUUCAUGAUUCAAGGAGGUGACUUCACGGCUGGAGACGGCACCGGUGGCAGGAGCAUUUAUGGUGAGACGUUUCCCGAUGAGAACUUCAAGCUGAAGCAUUAUGGGAUCGGGUGGGUCAGCAUGGCCAACGCUGGGCCCGACACCAACGGCUCGCAGUUCUUCAUCACCCUGACCAAGCCCACCUGGCUGGACGGCAAGCACGUGGUGUUCGGAAAGGUCCUCGAUGGCAUGACCGUGGUACACUCCAUCGAACUUCAAGCAACUGACGGGCAUGACCGUCCACUCAGCACCUGCUCGAUUGUCAGCAGCAGCAAGAUAGAUGUGAAGACGCCCUUUGUGGUGGAGGUUGCCGACUGGUGAUGACCAGGAGAAAAGAAAACACUCUCGCCGGGGUGUGUGUGUGUACACAGGUGUGAGUGUGUCUGAGCGUGCACGUGAAAUAUGUGUGUGCCUGCUGGCCUGUGGCUGUCGAUUCUCCAGUUUCUGAAAGUUUUGCUUUGCUUUAUUAUGCUUUUUUAAUUUGCCACUCUUUAUCACAGGAAAAAAAUUUAAAAACUCAUCACUCAAUUGGGUGCCGGUGCUAAUGCCUAUAAUCCUAGCUACUCAGGAAGCUAAGAUAGGAAGAGUGCAAUUUGAAGCCAUCUGGGCCAGGAAAACCCACGAGACUCCUGAUUAAUCAGAAAAAAAAAAAGCCUGAUCUGUGGCUCACGGUGGAGUGGCAGUCUUGAGUAAAGCUGAGACAGCAGCCAGGCCCUGAGUUCCAGCUGCAGUUCCAGCACAGACAACAGCACAAACCCACUCAAUGUUUGCUCUCUGUGACUUGAUAAAUCACCUGUUCAGGGUCUUUUGAAUUGAAAAAAAAAAAAUCUCUUCCUCUAAUGGUGCUAGUUUACAUUAGAAAGACUGUAUUGGCUCUUUAAAGAACACAAUCAUUGAUUUAGUUUCUCCUAAACUCAUUGGUAUCUCCAUGUUGGGUGGUGCUGAAGAUUUGUUUGAAAAGAUGAAGACCUGAAGUUUAUUAUAGUGAAUUCAAUCAUUUUUUGCUGGGCAGAUGGAAGUUGGAUUGGUACAAACUGAUGCACAUCAUAAGCAGUUUUGAGUGAUCGAAGGCGCUUUAUGUUCUCCAUAUUAAAUACUUUUGAUAUAAAUU